UAUUAGAGAACUAACGUAAGUUAUCAGACCGGUAUCUAAUAUAAACAUCGCGGCAAUGACAUUGAGAUGGUGACUAUGGUUUGUAUCACGAGUCGAGAGGGCUUUGGAUUUUAUAUAAUAUUAUAACUAAAGUACCGAUUAAAAGUAAGAAAUUUUCAUAAUUUAAGACUUCGCGGGAUCGAAAGUUCGAGAGAUCAGUUCGAAAAGAGUUAGACUGUUCGAUCAUGGUGUGAACAAUUGCCAUGUUAUUUCUGAGUGACUAUAAAAAUAAAAAGAGAGAAAGAGAGUGAGAGUGAGAGAAAGAAAGGAAGAAGCAGAUUCAAAAUGAAAGAACUGACCACAUCAGAAUUAAGAGUAAUACUGAAAUUUAAGAAACUUCCAACCACUGGAUUAAAAGAAGAUUUGAUAAGACGAUUGCAAGUAGACCAACAAUAUCCGUCUCAGACAAUAAAGAAAUCAAACGCUCUAUUAAGUGAAAAAGAAAGAAAGCAAGCAACAGAUGUAACAGCAAUAAGAUACUUUACCAAUAUGAGUAUCACUCAGAAAGAAAAUGAAUUGUAUCGGAGAGAGGCUAUAUUAUAUCGGAAAGAAAAAGAACUUGCUGAGCGGGAAUUGGCGUUUAUGAAAAAAGAACUCGAGAAGAUUCAACAAGUUCAGAUAAAUACGAAUGGCCGUACACAUGAGAAAAGCCGCUGUUUUCAUAAGACGUUGGAUGAUCGACAUAGCGGUGGUGAUCGCUUGGUACCCAAGCGGGAUGAAGACACUAAGCAACGAACGGAACGUAAGAGAGAGCAGUCAAAAACACCUAGCCGUUGUCUUAAUUGUGGUCAACGUGAUCAUUCAGAAGCUAACUGUCGGACGAAGUACAAGGAUGCUAAGUACCAUUUCAAGUAUACGAAGAGGCAUGUCGCUUCCGAAUACUACAACAAAAAUGAAGAAAGAAGACAUACUUAUGCUAGGGAGAAGCCUGAGAGUAGCCGUCCUGGCCCUCGCAGAACCAUCCAAAUUGAAACUCCCGCACGGUACUACGGUCGACGUGGAUUUCAUUUUCCCGAUGUAAAAUGAAAUUAGGCUACAUCCAUUUUAAAACGUUGGUGAUAAAAACAUUCUGCCUAAAGUAGUGAUGCUCAACGUGCAGCUUGCUUAAUUAUUUUUGUGACCCAUUGGCAUAACCAGAAAUAUAAAAUCGUACUCUUUAUUUUAUACAAACGAAAUAAACUGCACUAUGCGAUCCUUAAUUUAUUUUCUAUUUCUGAAAAUGGCCAUUAAAAAUGAUCCUUAAAAAAGUUGCGCAUCACUGGCCUGAAGUAUCGAUUACCAUUGCAUUAAUAUGCAUAUAUGUAUAUAUAUAUACAUACAUUCAU